AUGAUUAUCAACCUGUCGGCGCUGGCUUUUGCCGCCACUCUUUUGUCCUCUAACUCUCUUGUUUUUGCGCUCUCGUCUUCAGAUAUCCCCUCCGAUACCCCCAUAUCAUCCCUCCUUGCAUCCGCCAAUUCCCACCUGGCCAAAGGGGAGACCAAUGAUGCCCUCACCUAUUACGAUGUCGCCAUCACCCGCGAUCCCCAGAAUUAUCUCACCUAUUUCAAGCGCGGCGCAACCUAUCUCUCACUGGGUCGGACUACCCAAGCCACCAAGGAUUUCGACAAGGUUCUCACUAUCAAGCCCAAUUUUGAGGGCGCACUAGUCCAGCGUGCAAAAAUAAGGGCUAAGAAUGGCGAAUGGGAGGCUGCUGCAAAAGAUUUUAUUGCCCAUGGCAAUUCAGCCGAAGACUUGUCUGCACUGGAAGAAGCGAAAGGGGCAGCUCAUUUAGCAUUUGCUGCCGAGAUGGCUGGUAAUUGGGAGGAGUGUGUCUCACAAUCUGGUGUUGCAAUCAUGGUAGCGAGCAAGAUGUUAUCACUACGGAAAACCAGGGCACAUUGUCGAUUCGAGCGUGGUGAAGUCCAAGAAGGGAUGAGUGAUCUGAAGCAUGUUCUACAAAUGCAGCCUGGGGAUAUCGAACCACAUUUACAAAUUGCUGCAAUCACAUUUUAUGGUUUAGCGGAUAGGGAACAUGGGAUGGACCAGCUGCGAAAAUGUUUGCAUGGAGAUCCCGAUUCAAAGGCCUGCAAGAAACUUUACAGAAGGCAGAAAACAGUAGACAAACAACUCACACAGGUAGAGAAGCAUCUUGAGAGGCGUCAAUACUCAAGUGCUAUCAAGGUACUGCUUCCCCUGGGCGAAGACGUUGGUUUGGUCCAAGAUGUCAAGGAUGACGUGAAAGAGCUCCGUGAAGCCGGCACUAUACCAGACAAGUCCCCCAACGAUCUAGUUACUCGAGUUAUAGAGAUAAUCUGCGAGGCAUAUCAUGAGAUGAAAAAUAAGAAAGCAAUCCCGUGGUGUGACGAGGCUCUAACUUUCAACGAACACUCAUACUACGGUCUCUUGUCUAAAGCACAGAGACAUAUGGAGGCCGAGAACUUCGAGAUCGCCAUCAAGACUCUCGAAACAGCCAAGGAGCACCACCCAGGAGCUCAACAGAUCAACCAACUCUUGCAGAAUGCGCAAAUAGAACUGAAACGAAGCAAGACCAAGGAUUAUUACAAGAUGCUAGGCCUCCCGAGAGAUGCCGAUGAAGUACAGAUCAAAGCAGCCUAUCGAAAGAGUGUUAAACUCCAUCAUCCCGAUAAGGCCCACAUAAAGGGUAUUAGUAAAGAGGAAGCGGAGAAGAAGAUGGCAUUAAUCAAUGAGGCAUAUGAAGUUCUGAGCGAUCCGGAGCUGAAGGCGAGAUUCGACAGAGGUGAUGAUCCAAAUGACCACGAACAGCAGCGGCAACAUCCAUUUCAAGGCAGUCCAUUUGGAGGAGGUGGAGGUGGAAAUCCAUUUGGCGGCGGGUCACCUUUCGGGCAAUCGGGGGGUCAGCAGUUCAACAUGAAGUUUGGUGGAGGAGGCUUCCAGUUUGGAUAG